AUGAAGAUGGCGACGAAUGGCCGGUUUUUCACAAUCGGGCUCGUCACGUCUUGGUACUCAUCGAACAUCGGAGUUUUGUUGCUGAACAAGUACUUGCUCAGCAAUUACGGCUUCAAGUACCCGAUCUUCCUCACCAUGUGCCACAUGACGGCUUGUUCGCUUCUCAGCUACGUCGCCAUUGCUUGGUUGAAGAUGGUUCCGAUGCAGACGAUCCGAUCCCGAGUCCAGUUCUUUAAGAUCUCAGCUCUAAGCCUCGUCUUCUGUGUGUCGGUGGUCUUCGGAAACAUUUCCCUCCGGUUUCUCCCUGUUUCCUUCAACCAAGCGAUUGGUGCUACGACGCCGUUUUUCACCGCCGUGUUCGCUUACCUGAUGACGCUCAAGAGGGAGGCUUGGCUGACUUACCUCACUCUCGUCCCCGUCGUCACUGGUGUUGUUAUUGCCAGUGGAGGUGAGCCAAGCUUUCACCUGUUUGGAUUUCUUAUGUGCAUUGCAGCCACAGCUGCAAGAGCACUUAAAUCAGUGCUUCAAGGAAUUUUGCUUUCUUCUGAAGGGGAAAAGCUGAACUCUAUGAAUCUCCUCCUUUACAUGGCUCCAAUAGCUGUUGUGUUUCUUCUGCCCGCUACUCUUAUCAUGGAGAAAAAUGUUGUUGGCAUUACAAUUGCACUUGCAAGAGAUGAUUUCAGAAUCGUUUGGUAUCUGUUGUUCAAUUCAGCGCUCGCCUACUUCGUGAACUUGACAAAUUUCUUGGUCACGAAACACACUAGCGCCCUGACUCUGCAGGUUCUAGGAAACGCCAAAGGAGCAGUAGCAGUGGUGGUCUCUAUUCUAAUAUUCAAGAAUCCGGUUUCAGUGACUGGAAUGCUCGGUUACUCCCUCACUGUCUGUGGAGUUAUCCUCUACAGCGAAGCCAAGAAACGGAGCAAAUGAGAAGACCAAACACACCAAGAUUCAUCUUCUUCUUCGUUCCUCCUUAUAUAUAUGUUUUAUAGUUUCUCCCCUAUGGAAACACAGGCAAGUAGUUUCUUUUGCUGUUACCAAAAUCUUACACAGGAUACAUCUCUGACUCUUGUCUUAAUGAAAAGCUGGUCCAAAAGCAUGGAUAUUUUUUAGCAGAAACACGUGAGGCAAAAGCAACACAAAGAUGAGUAUCAAAGGCAAGAAUUUAGAAGAGACCUCAUAAUAAUAAGUAACUUUUUUUUUUU